GGGCCAUCGGUUUUCGUUGCUGUUAUUCGCGAUCCAGCGUUUGUCGUGAUCGGAAGCCUAUAAAUCGGAAUUGAAUUUUCUCAAUCAAUCGAAAAUUAUUUGAAAUAAUAGUGGUGUGUUUAAAGUGCUGUGGAGUAGUGUUCGUGCAUAAAGGAUUAAAAUGUUGCCCAUUCGUUGGGCUCUCGUCGGCAUCACGCUGUUGAUUGCAGCUACAAAUGGAGCAACAAUUACAUCCACAGCUGAAAAUGUGGCAGAAUCGAAUUAUGAUGAUAAUAAUGACCAAUUCGACUUAGAUAGAGCAAAGCGAAGCGGAAAAGGCUACAUGCGCGGACAGACGCAAUCUCAGUAUCUAAAUUUUGGUAAGCCAGAACAGGAUGGCAAAGCUGAAGCAGAGGCUAAUGAGCAUGGUUCUAGAACGACAGUUUCUGGCAGCCAUGGAAUGGGACAAGCGCAGAGUCAGUUCUCAAUGGGUGAUUGUAGUGAAUGUGCCCCCGGAUCACCUUCUUAUGAAUAUACCUUAGGAUCUCCAGAUCCCAUGACAUUGAUUGGCGGAGGUGGUAGACCAGAUGCUUUGAGAAGUCUGCCAGGCGCUGGUGUAGGCGGUACUCAACCCUCAGAUGCGUAUGGCAGAGGAGCUGCGGGACAAGGAGGAGUUGUUGGACCUGGUGGAGUUGUGCAGCCAUCUGGUCCUGGUGGAGCCGUUAUUAGAGGUCCUUUAGGUCCUAGUGCUGGGCUGCAACCCGGAAGCGUUUACGGUCCAGGCAGCGGACGUCAAAUCAUUGGACCUGGUGGCGGAAGACAACCUGGUGCGGGUUAUCAAGUAGGUGGAGUUGGCCAACCCGUAGGUCCUUCUGGUAUCGCUGGACGAGAUGGAGUACGACAAGGUGGUGCUCAAGUACCCGGAGUGGGCACGGAACCAAUUUACGCACCAGGUACGGCAGGAAGCGGACCUGCUGUCGGUCAGCCAAUUGGUCCUGGUGCCGUUGGAUUACAACCCGGUGGUGUUCAGCCGGGUGCUGGCUUACGACCUGGCGCUGGUGAAUUGGGACAAGCAGGCAUACCUGGUUCGGUAGGAACAGGCGGUGCUUUACUACCUGGCAGUGGUGUUCCAAUAGGAGGUGAUUAUGGUUCUGGUGUGACCCUUAGGCCAGGAGGAGGCGUUGGUGGACUCGGAAUCGGUCAAAGACCAGGACAACUAGUACCAAGCGGCCCUGGUAUUGUUGGCGGAGGUGGAAAGCCUGGUUAUGGUGUCCAACCGGGUGGAGUAUACAGACCACAGGUCGGUCAACAACCCACGGCGACUGGAGGUGUAACGGACGGUGCUGCAUUGCCUGGCGGUGUUUAUGGUCCAGGUUUUGGAGUUGUUGAUGCUGGCCGUGGCGCACAAUCUGGCACUGAAGUUUAUGGCCCUGGCCAACUUACCAGACCGGGUCUUGGCCAAGCAGGAACUCAAAUAGGAAUUGGUAGCGGCGGUGUAGGAGGACAACUAGGUGCAUCGUAUUGGCAACCAGCUGGUGGUGUGUCGGGUGCUCCUUCUGGAACUAGUGGCGACAUACCUUCAGGUUCGUUGUACCGACCGGAUCAAUCGCUUGGACCACUUGCGUCGGGUGGAAGCUAUCAAGUAGGAUAUCAACCGUCUGGAGGAUAUCAGCCAGGAUCAGGCGCUGGUCUUCAACAAAGUGCAGGAUAUCAGCCAAGCCUUGGUGUUCAUCCAGGUACCGGAGCACAACCAAGUUAUCGUCCAGGUACAGGCUAUCAACCAGGCGCUGGACUUCAACCCGGCGCUGGGCUUCAACCGGGUUCAGGACUUCAACCAGGCGCUGGACUUCAACCAAGUGCAGGAUAUCAACCGGGUGCAGGAUAUCAACCAGGCACAGGCCUUCAACCGGGUGCAGGAUAUCAACCAGGCGCAGGACUUCAACCGGGGGCAGGAGUUCAACCGGGGGCAGGAGUUCAACCAGGUGCAGGACUUCCACCGAGUGCGGGGCUUCAACCAGGCGCUGGACUACAACCGGGUGCAGGACUUCAGCCAGGCACAGGAUAUCAGCCCGGUGCAGGAUAUCAACCAGGUGCAGGACUUCAACCGGGUGCGGGGCUUCAACCAGGCGCUGGACUACAACCGGGUGCAGGACUUCAGCCCGGUGCAGGAUAUCAUCCAGGUGCAGGACUACAACCAGGUAUAGGGCCUCAACCAGGCGCAGGACUCCAAUCAGGUGCUGGUCUACAACCUGGUUCAGGGCUUCAACCAGGUGCAGGAUAUCAACCAGGUCCAGGACUUCAACCAGGUGCAGGAUAUCAACCAAGUGCUGGAAUUCGACCGGACAUGGGAUUACAACCAGGUGCAGGAUAUAAACCAGGCUCAGGAUAUCAACCCGGUUCAAGUUAUCAACCAGGUGCAGGUCUGCAUCCAGGAAUCCAACAAGGUACUGGUCUACAUCCAGGCACUGGACUACAACCGAGAGUAGGACUGCAACCGGGAGCUGGAGUCCAACCAGGGGCAGAAUAUCAACCCGGUUCAGGUUAUCAACCAGAUGCAAGUCUGCAUCCAGGCGCAGGACUACAACCCGGAGGGCGACUUCAACCCAGCGCAGGACUACAACCGGGAACAGGACUGCAACCAGGGGUUGGAGUCCAACCAGGAGCAGAAUAUCAACCCGGUUCAGGUUAUCAACCUGGUGCAGGACUUCAACCAGGUGCAGGACUACUACCAGGAGGGCGACUUCAACCAGGCGCUGGACUACAACCGGGAACAGGACUACAACCAGGGGCAGGAUAUCAACCCGGUUCAAUUUAUCAACCAGGAGCAGGAUAUCAACCAGGCGCAGGACUUCAACCGGGUGCAGGAGUUCAACCAGGCACAGGAUAUCGACCAGGCGCAGGACUACAACCAGGAGGGCGACUUCAACCAAGCGCUGGACUACAACCGGGAGCAGGACUGCAACCAGGCGCUGGAGUCCAACCAGGGGCAGAAUAUCAACCCGGUUCAGGUUAUCAACCUGGUGCAGGACUUCAACCAGGUACAGGAAUACAACCAGGCGCUGGUCUGCAACCUGGUGUAGGCCUUCAACCAGGCGCUGGUCUUCAACCGGGCGCAGUACUUCAGCCAGGCACAGGAUAUCAGCCCGGUGCAGGAUAUCAACCAGGAACUGGACUUCAAGCUGGAGCAGGACUACAACCUGGCGCCGGUCUGCAACCCGGUUCAGGGCUUCAACCAGGUGUUAGCUACGGUCCAAGCUACGGAGGACCUGGCGCAGGAGGUGUUUAUGGGCCCGGAGCUACAAGCGCCCAACCAGGUGGCGGCCCAUCGGGAACAUAUUAUUCUGUACCUCAAUCCACAUAUGGUCAAGUUGGUGGUGAUGGUUCAAGAGGACAGCAAGGCGGCAUCUACGGAACAGGUGGCGUUGUACCUGGUAGUGAGUCCGUAUCACCUGGUGCUCUAGUCUACCCUGGAGCUGCCGUCCCUGGAACGGGAGCUUUGGGUGAGUAUAAGGAGGAAGGACCAAGCAAUUUGGUAACAGCAGCUGGUGAAGGAGGAACCGAUGAUGCAUUCUCACAAGCUGAAUCAUCUAUUAGCGAAGGCCAAGCGGCUGCCAGUGCUCAAGGCAAAAAGAAUGGUGGUACAGCAAAAACUCAAGUAUCGGGUACUUACAGUGCCACUGGAACAUUCAGUGCCAGUGCUUCAACAUCCGACAGCGACCGUUCCGCUAAUGCGCAAGUCAGUGGAAAUGGUGAUGGAGCAAUGAGUCAGUCACAAGGGCAAGGUGGCGCCGCGCAAUCACAAGCUCAGGUGCAAGUAAAUUCCAAAAAUGGCGGCACGAAAGCUUCCUCACAAAGUGGCGGCGUAAUCCAUCAAAGUCAGAGCGAGGUACAAGCUAAUGAUAAGGGUGGUUUAGCCGACUCGCAGUCCAGUGGACCAGGUCAAACGUCAUCACAAGCACAAAUCGGUUUCCGACCCAAUCAAGAUGGCAGCGCUUUACCACCAACCACCGGCGGUGGACAGGCUUCUGCUCAGUCUGGCAGUCACUCGGGACAGAGUCAAUCGCAAAUUCAGGGCACAUCUAAUUUCGGUGUAUCAUACCAUGGUGCCGCUCAAUCUGCAUCCGGAACUAAGGAACAAGUUGCAAGCUAUCGUGAACAAAAUCGUGAAUUAUUCCAUAGUAUAAGCCAGUUUGGCAACACAGACGCUGUAACUGAUCGUGUAGAUACCGUAUAUAGUGGACCUAGUGGAACCGCACUGACAGCUGACGGCAACGCGUUACCAGAUCUUGAGUUGAAGUCUUCAAAAAGUGUAAAAGAGAUCGUAAACGCCAACAAGGUUACGGACGACGAUUCUACAAUAAACGAAGAUGAAGAGGAAGGACCAUACGAUGAAUACGACGACGAUGAUGAAUACUACAACGAAAAGAGUCCACAAGAAUCGGAGAGUCAGAGUGACAGCAAAACCGAAUCUAAAUCGCCAUAUCGCACUUACUCACAAAAUUCCCCGACUCAGAGCCAACAAGCCGCUGUACCCAAUUCACCAGACAAAUAUCUAUUAGUACAAAAUCAAAAUGGUCGUGUACAGAAAUAUCCUUUCCGAUCGACCACGGAAAUGGUGCCGCGCGGCUUCCGUGGCACUGUUAAUGUGGAGAAAAAAUUUCACACUAAAGCCGUUAAAUCACAACCCACUGACAACGAUCUAGAUAGUACCGAAGAGCAGCCGAGUCCAAGUAAACACCGCUCGCCGGAUAGUUAUGUAACAGUAACCAAAUCGAUUACAGGUAGCAUGGAUAAUACUAAGAAUCCACCGCAGGAGAAUAAAAACUUCCAGUCGACAUACUACACAAAAUCAUCCACUUGUGGCUACUUCACAUUCUCAUGCAACAUAGUUUAUGGCGCAAAUGGACGCAGUAAAAUCUGUCGGCCGAAGGCACCAACCAAUGGAAAAUGUUAGAUUUUUAUUUCUAUUUUUUUUUUUUUUCAAUAAAAAAAAAAUAAAAAUAAUCGAUAUUUUUCACACACAGUAAUAAAUUAGUUGUUAAAAAUAAGCUCUAGCUUAACUCAUAUGUAUUUUUAAAUUCCUAACAAAAUGUAAUAUUUUAACUAACUUAAGAGGAUUAAUAGUUUGUCAUGUCAUAAUGUUAAAGCAGCAUUAAAUAGCACUUUAAAUGCCUCACGGCCAACAACACUGUUUGCAAACUUACUAAUUAUAAUACACUGCCACAGAAAAACAAGAACGAUAAAGAUAUACAUAAUAAGCUCAAUUGCUUAUUGAUAAAUUUUUAAUAAAUUUAAUUGUUAUUUUUAACACU